AAAUUGUGUCAAUAUAUACAGAUUUCACAAUGUCUUGUGACAAUGAUUCCAGACAUAAAACGUUUGACAAAUAUAGCAGAAGUAGAUGUUUCCUGUGUUAGUUUUGAGAUUACAGAUUUACUUCUCCAUUACCUGUAUAAAAGGACCCUCCACGAAUAAAGACCGACUUUCGGAUGAGAAGCUUCGUGUGUCAUUCUUUGAUCCCUGAUAUCAGUUUUCUCUGCUCUACUGCUUUUUGGGAAUAAAACUUAACACAAACAUCAUCUUCAACAAUGUCUUCUGUAAGUUCAACAGCACGUGGCACCAUUAAAGAAAAGCCCGGCUUCAAUCCAAAUGAGGACGCGGCUGCUUUAAGGAAAGCUAUAGAGGGCAGUGGGACCGAUGAGAAAAUUAUUAUUGACAUUUUGACUCAAAGAAGCAAUGCUGAGCGUCAGCUGAUCUGUCAAGCAUAUGAGGAUUCUACAGGAAGGACUCUUCGUGGUGAUUUGGAAGGGGACACCAGUGGAGAUUUUAAAGAUAUUUUGGUGGCUCUAAUAACUCCUCCUGCUAAGUUUGACUGCCACGAAUUUAAACGGGCAAUACAAGGUGCUGGUACAGAUGAAAGCAUUUUGAUAGAAAUUUUUGCAUCACGCUCCAACAAUCAGAUCAAGGCUAUGAGCGACGCAUAUUUGGCAGAAACCAAAAGGUCUCUAAUUGAUGACCUUAAAUCUGAAGUGUCAGGAUACUUUAAAGAAACCCUGGUGCUUCUCGCUAAGGGUAAGCGAGAUGAGAGUACAAACGUGGAUGCAACAAAAGCAAAACAAGAUGCCAAGAUCUUGUAUGAGGCCGGGGAGAAGAUAUUGGGAACAGAUGAAAGCAAAUUCAUCGACAUCCUGUGCAACAGGAGCUUUCCUCAGCUCAGACAAACUCUGGUUGAAUAUAAGACUCUGACUGGAAAGACCCUUCAGGAGAGCAUUGAAAGGGAGAUGUCUGGAAAUCUGAAGGACAUUCUUGUGGCUAUAGUUAAAUGUGUGAGGAGUGUGCCAGCGUACCUUGCAGAGUGCCUGUAUAAAAGCAUGAAGGGUCCUGGUACUACCGAAUCAACCCUAACUAGAAUCAUAGUGAGCCGAUCAGAAAUCGACCUGCAGGACAUCAAGGCAGAAUAUAAGAAAAUGUUUGGCUGCUCUUUACAAUCUGCCCUUGAGUCUGAGACAACAGGAAAUUUUCUCAAAACCCUGCUGAAGAUCUGCGGUGAAGAUGUCUGAGCUAAAUGUGCAUUUUCAUGUUCCUAUAUAACAUAAAGGACGUGGCAUUGCUCUGGAAGUACCGUAAUGUGAAGACAUGUCAAUGAAUGCUUAAAUGUUUAAUUAAACUUGUAGUCAAAUAAUAAUAAUAAUA